AUGGUUAGCAAGUUUGAUGCUACUAUCCAGCACUCCCAGGAAAAGUUUAACCUCCUAAAAGAGAAAAUGCGAGAACCGAUUAAGCAAGUUCAACAAGCCCGUCAGGAAAGCCUGAAAAGCCUAUUAAAAGAAAUCGAGAAUAAACAGCACUUACUCCAAGAAAAAAGAAAAUUAGACGAGGCUAUUACCCAAACUAUCAAUGCCCGACUUUUUUAUGAAAAGUAUAAGUCGCUACUGGACAAAGCCAAACAAAUUCACCAACAAAAAUAUGUCCCUUUAUGA